CAUGGGCCGCGGGGCCGCUCCGCUCCGCCGCCUGCUGCUGUCCCUGCUCAUCCUACCUGCCGCGGGGACAGCCGGACCGGGAGCCUCCUUAACGCUGGGGGAGCCGGAGACGGCAGAAGAGCUGAUGGAGUACCGCGAUCCUUGCAAAGCCGCUGCCUUUUGGGGAGAUAUCGCUUUAGAUGAAGAUGAUCUGAAGCUGUUUCAAAUAGACAGAACUGUUGACUUAAAAAAGCACUCAGAUGGCAAUGCAAGACACACUUCAGGAGGCCUGGGAGAACAGUCUCUUGUGUCAAGUGAGAAUGCCACUUCAACUGAUCAUAGUAACCAAGCAGUUAAAAAGGACAGCAAGCAGAACACAACGCUUGCAAGGAGACCGAAGAGGAAGGAAUAUGAAGAUGAGUCUGGGAUGGAUACACACUCCUCUCCCAGAGUGCGCAGGGCAACCACAUCCAGGGCUGAGAGAAUCUGGCCAGGCGGGGUCAUCCCUUAUGUGAUCGGGGGAAAUUUCACUGGAACCCAAAGAGCUAUCUUUAAGCAAGCAAUGAGGCACUGGGAGAAGCACACUUGUGUGACAUUUGUGGAGAGAACUGACGAAGAGAGCUUCAUUGUGUUCACGUACAGAACAUGUGGAUGUUGCUCAUACGUGGGUCGACGAGGAGGGGGCCCUCAGGCUAUAUCCAUUGGAAAGAACUGUGACAAGUUUGGCAUUGUGGCUCAUGAGCUGGGUCAUGUGGUAGGUUUCUGGCAUGAACACACACGACCUGACAGGGACCAGCAUGUCACGAUCAUCAGAGAGAACAUACAGCAAGGUCAAGAAUACAACUUUUUAAAGAUGGAAGCUGGGGAAGUGAACUCACUAGGAGAGACCUAUGACUUUGACAGCAUCAUGCACUAUGCUAGGAACACAUUCUCCAGAGGGGUUUUCCUUGACACCAUCCUCCCCCGUCGUGAUGAUAAUGGGGUCCGGCCAACUAUUGGGCAGCGUAUUCGCCUGAGUCAGGGAGACAUCGCUCAGGCAAGGAAGUUGUACAAAUGCCCAGCUUGUGGAGAGACCUUGCAAGACUCAACAGGUAAUUUCUCAGCCCCUGGCUUUCCAAAUGGCUACCCCUCCUAUUCCCACUGUGUCUGGAGGAUCUCGGUGACCCCAGGGGAGAAGAUUAUGUUAAAUUUCACAUCAAUGGACCUCUUUAAAAGUCGCCUUUGCUGGUAUGAUUAUGUGGAGGUGCGUGAUGGCUACUGGAGAAAGGCUCCAUUAUUGGGUAGAUUUUGUGGUGACAAGAUUCCUGAACCAGUAAUAUCCACGGACAGCAGGCUGUGGAUCGAGUUCCGGAGCAGCAGUAACAUCCUGGGGAAAGGCUUCUUUGUGGUUUAUGAAGCUAUUUGUGGUGGAGAAAUUCACAAAGAUGCUGGACAGAUCCAGUCUCCCAAUUACCCAGAUGACUACAGACCUUCCAAAGAAUGCAUCUGGAAGAUCACAGUUUCUGAGGGUUUUCACAUAGGAAUUACAUUCCAAGCCUUUGAGAUUGAAUGGCACGAUGCAUGCUCUUAUGACUACCUGGAGAUCCGGGAUGGCCUCACUGAACACAGCCCACUGAUCGGCCACUUCUGUGGCUACGAGAAGCCAGAAGACAUCAAAUCCAGUUCAAACAAAGUGUGGAUGAAGUUUGCAUCUGAUGCAACCAUCAAUAAAGCAGGCUUUGCAGCAAAUUUCUUUAAAGAGAUGGAUGAAUGUUCUCUGCCGGACAAUGGUGGUUGUGAGCAGCACUGUGAGAACACACUGGGCAGUUACAAAUGUACCUGUGAGCCUGGCUAUGAGUUGACAGCUGAUAAAAAGAGCUGUGAAGCUGCCUGUGGGGGCUUCAUCACCAAGCUCAAUGGGACCAUUACUAGCCCUGGAUGGCCCAAGGAAUACCCUACUAACAAAAACUGCGUCUGGCAGGUGGUAGCUCCAGCCCAGUACCGGAUCUCUCUGCAGUUCGAAGUGUUUGAUCUGGAAGGCAAUGAUGUCUGUAAAUAUGACUAUGUUGAGGUUCGUAGUGAGCUGGCUUCUGACUCCAAGCUACAUGGCAGAUUCUGUGGCUCAGAGAAGCCCGAAGUAAUCACAUCCUAUGGCAACAACAUGAGACUGGAGUUCAAAUCAGACAACACGGUCUCCAAGAAAGGCUUUAAAGUUCACUACUUCUCUGACAAGGAUGAAUGCUCCAAAGACAAUGGUGGUUGCCAGCACGAAUGUAUCAACACCUUUGGGAGUUAUACAUGCCAGUGCAGAAAUGGCUUCAUGCUGCAUGAAAAUGGCCAUGACUGUAAAGAAGCUGGUUGUGAGCACAAGCUGAGUGGUGCGGAGGGAAUGAUGAGCAGUCCCAACUGGCCUGACAAGUACCCCAGCCGGAAAGAGUGCACCUGGGACAUCUCUGCAACACCUGGCCACCGAGUGAAAGUGACCUUCAAUGAAUUUGAGAUUGAACAGCACCAAGAGUGUGCCUAUGACCACUUAGAAAUGUAUGAUGGACCUAACAGCAAGUCACCUAUCCUUGGCCGCUUCUGUGGCAGCAAGAAACCAGACCCUGUAGUGGCUUCUACCAACAAGAUGUUCCUCAGGUUUUAUUCUGAUGCUUCUGUGCAAAGGAGAGGUUUCCAGGCAAAGCACAGCACAGAGUGUGGUGGGCUCUUAAAGGCUGAAGUACGAACUAAGGAGCUAUAUUCCCAUGCUCAGUUUGGGGACAACAACUACCCAGGUCAAGCCGACUGUGAAUGGGUGAUUGUAGCUGAAGAUGGUUAUGGGGUGGAGCUAAUAUUCCAGAUAUUCGAGAUUGAGGAGGAGGCUGACUGUGGGUACGACUACAUGGAGAUUUAUGAUGGUUACGACAGCACUGCACCCCGUCUGGGACGCUUCUGUGGCUCAGGGCCUCUGGAAGAAAUCUACUCUGCAGGGGAUUCCAUCAUGAUUCGAUUCCACACAGAUGACACCAUCAACAAGAAAGGCUUUCAUGCCCGAUACAUAAGUACCAAAUUUCAGGAUGCAUUGCACAUGAGAAAGUAGUUUGACUGCUCCUCACAGACAUUCCCCAUAUGAAGAUUGAGACAUUUAACUGUGAUCUUUGUCCUUUUUUUUUUAAAGCUUCUGUGCACCUGGCCAAAAGCAGUGUACAGUAUUUUCUGUAACUAAAACUAAAUCCAGUCUCAAAGGUUUGCCUCUGCAACUAUUAGCAUGACCCUUUCUUGUUAACAUACCCAGGACCAAAAAAUUGUCUUCUAAUCAUACCUACCAGGGCAUAAACAUUGUAUUUUGCACAACUUGCCAUGAGGCUGAGUAAGACUGAACUUGAAUUGAGAAAAGCCUUCGUCUCUUGCAUAUCUUGUUUCUAGGUGAUAAUUCCCAAGCACCCACAUGAGCUGUCUGAACAUAUUUUCUGGUGCAGGUGAUGUGGACAGAUACCCAGUAGGAUUUCUUCAAAGGACUUUUUGAGCCACCCACUUUCCCCUACCAGCCCAAAAUACUCUGUGCAAUAAGAGAACAACCCGAUGGCUGGACAUCCAUCACUCCUUCUGUCCCUUCUAUUUAUUGUCUUGCUUAUUGUUGAGUGGAGAGCAAGGCGGGGGACAGGGACAGUCUUUUUAGGGCUGCUAGCUACUUGGAUCCCAGUAAAUGAGACAGGCCCAGUGUCUGAUUAGUGGUAAUUGUCAUGAUGUACAUUGAAUGGAGAUACUUCGGUCGAUGCAGUGCCCAAGGGAAAGGUGGUGGCUGAUAUGGCAAUGCUGUGGUGGAAUGCAAAACAUGACUCUGUGAUGGUGGCAAAGCUUAGUAACAGGAACGCUGAGAGUAUGCUCCAGUUACACCACCAGGGAAGGCAGCUCAGAGAGCUGUGGCAGCAGUCCAGGCCUUAUCUUAAAUAAGGGAUCUCUCUCCUCCUCACUCCACCCACGCCUGCUUUCUCAGCCUUCUUUUCACUGCUUCCUUUGCUUACUACCAUUUCCCUGUGAACCCUUCCUUUUCACGGCUGAGCUGCUCUCCCCAGGGCUGCCCACCAACACGUAGGAGUGCUCUGCAACAUCAGCUAGCUGGAGCAUGUCACUGAAGGGAAUGCUGGGGCAGAGGGAGCCUGCGUGUCCUAGAGGCAGAGGGACACAGGCCAUGCUACGGGUCAGCUCUGGUGAGCUGUGGGAACCUGUCAAACAUAUGCAACCUGCAGGCAUGGGACUAGGAACAGAAGAGCUCUUCUGGUUUCUGCUUCCUCCUCGUUCCUCACCGGUGCAUGGCCCAGUCUCUUAAUUUCAUGGCAAGGGUGCAAGUGAGAUGGUGACUUAGAGCACUUUGGGUUAUAAGGUUCAGACAUGCUCUUGUUUGCUCAUGGAAGCUACUACAGGCUUGAAGAAUUAACACUUCUUUGGGAAAAAAGUAGGGAAAACUGCGCUUUUGGGGGAACCACCGUAAUUGAACUAUUGAUAUGGGAGUUAAAAAAAGACUUUAUUUUGAAUGUUUCAUUAAGGCACUCAUGGGCAAUUAUGAGCUAAAAGCUGAGGUGUGUUAGCUUUAAUAAAGUAUUUAUAAUCCAAGGAUUACUAUGUUUACAUAACCAAUGUGCUGUCAGGCUCCGAGAUGACACCUCCUCUCUGGUGUACGGCUGUGGAGAAGUAUGGGGCCAACGCCACUGUCAGGCACAAAUGACAUUCCUGGAGAUUAGGGCAUUUUCAGAUGGAUAAUAAAUAGACCCAGCCCUCUCCAGAAAUCCUUGAACAGGAUAUGGUCCAAGUAUUGUGAAUACUGGGAGAAGCAAAUGCAUGAAAAUAUUUUCUUGCUUAGAACAAGAAAAGUAAAGUAAUUUAUACACACACACGGAAGAUUAUAUGUAUAUAAAAUGUGCAUGUAGAAGACCAGUAGUCAAAGCCUUAAUAAAUGUAAAGUGAACAAUACUGUACCACUGACUAUAGCUUUAUUGCAGGCUGUAUAAAAUCACGUUAUCUCUGUUUUGGUUUUGGUUUUUUGUUUGUGUUUUGGGGUUUUUUUAGCUCUGCUUUGUUUCUUUUUUUCAAAUUUUGAGGCUUUCUUACAGGCAAGACCUCUGAUCUCAAGCUGUUUGACCAUGCAGGUCUGGGGAAGUGAGCACUGCUAGACGAGGUGUGUGUUUGUCCUUCUUUUCCUUGCUCCAGUUCAAGCAAAAUUACAAUGAAAUUGUAAUGGAAAUGGUCUGGAAAUAAAAUGUGACAUCAGUGCCUCUGAAACAGAAGCAAAGUUUCAGGUGGCAAGCAGCAGUUCAAGUUUCCUGACCCCGUAGUGGCAGCAAUGGCUCUAGGGAAAAGUGACUGUAGCAGCUGUAGACGUGUACUUUAACAUCUCUGUUCAUUGUUCUGGUAAUUUCCCAUCCACCCCAGACUGGUUUGUUUCAGAUGCUUGCAAUGUGGUUUGACAGAUGUACUAGACUCAUUAGCAUUCAUCCAGGUGUCUCUUGUGACAGUGUGCUCGCAACUGUUGUACUGUGCAUUUCAACCAAUGAUCUAUGUAGAAUAUUUCUGCUGUACUGACUGGACCUAGCAGUCGAUAAUUCUAAACGUGUGAAAUUUUCUUAAGGAAAAAAAAAAUGUCAGACCCUCUGAUGUGUGUGUA